GUCGUGGCUUUCGUUUCCAUUUCCGCCUUCAGUUCUAUGGGCCUAGUCUAUCUUAUUUUUGACUUCUUCAAACGUCGCCGCGGCCUAUACUUCUGGAGUCUGCUGAUCGCGAGUGUGGGAACUAUUAUCGCCUGCGCUUUUUGCUUACUGUUUAUAUUCGGGAAUGCUGACACCCUCCUCCCCUCAUCCAUUGGCGUCGUGCUCUCCUACACCACCAUCAGUGUGAGCAACUCCCUUGUCCUUUACUCCCGUGUCCACCUCGUCACCGGUGGCCGGAAGCCCCGAUGGAUCCUCUACAUGAUCAUCGGCAGUGUUCUGCUGCUCCAAUUCCCUCAUGUGAUCACUGUGCCCGCCGCGGCCGCCGUUCAUGGCCGCGGUAAUUGGACACAGGCGGUGAUGAUUCUCGAGAAAAUCUCUGUGGUGGGCUACUGCUUGCGUGAGAUGAUCAUCCUCGGAUUCUACGCCUGGGCAACCAUCCGUAACCUCCGGCCCCUGAUCUUUCUCCGGGGCCGCCAGGGCCGGAAGCUGAUCAUCGCCCUGAUCUUCGCGGGCGGUGUCUCCUUCGCUCUGGAUACGGCCAACAUGGUCGUUGAUUUCACCGUCGCCAGCGCGGUCGUGGCGGCCUUUGUCCCCUUCAUCAUCAGUACCAAGUUACUGGUCGAGUUUGCUGCCCUGAACAAGCUUAUUCGCCUCGUUCACAGUGAC